UUCUCAGUUGUUUUCGAGAUUCCGUCGCGUGCGGUUCGCUGCCCGAUCUCUCCACGUCGCUCGCUCAGUAAUCCAGUCCGGAUCCGGCGGUCUUUCGACGUCCCGCGCACAAAGUUAUAUUUAAUUUGCGAGUUUCCUGAAUGAACGCAUCAGUAUCGCGCCACGUAAACGCACACGAAGCGAGAGAAAAGCGAGCAGAAUUGAGCUAAUCAAUCCGCGGGCGGCCAUUUUUUGUUGGCACUGCCUCAGUGCUGUCGUCGCAGCUUUGCCCCCCUCAAAUUUGCAGGUGCAAUUUGUCCGAGUCGCGCAGGACAGCGAAGUUUCCGCGAAAAGUAAUUUGCAACACGUGUUCGCACAGUGCGUAUGAGCAAUAUUCGGCGGCAAUCUAGUGUUAGUUAGUGCCCAGUGUGAUCGCGACUAAGAGUGUGUGCGUGCACAUGGCUUCGAAUUGAAGAGUUUUGGCCAAAAUGCAAAUCGAGGAAAAGCCGCACGGUCAAAAUCCGCGCCUUCUUGGCCAACUCUAACAUUUGCGGAUAUAGCACAAGUCGAUUCGGAAAGCCAAGCCACAAAGCACAAACCCAAACAAAGAGUAACAAACAAAAACUAACAAACUCGGAUACGUAUCAACAAUAAAUAAUCAAAAUACAGCGCUCAAAACACCAAAGAUUUAGGCAACUACUAGUUUAGGUUACACCUUUCACAAGUUCAACUGAACGAGAUCCCUUCUGUAACUUGUUGCGGUGUCCUUGCAAUCCACCCCACCAACAUCCAGCCAGGCACCCAAAUCCCGCAGAAAAUGUUACAGCAUCCCGCCACAGAUUUCUACGACUUGGCCGCGGCCAAUGCGGCUGCCGUUCUCACCGCCCGUCACACGCCCCCCUAUAGUCCCACCGGUCUCAGCGGAUCGGUGGCCCUGCACAACAACAACAACAGCAGCACCAGCAAUAACAACAACAGCACCCUGGACAUCAUGGCGCACAACGGCGGCGGAGCAGGCAGUGGCCUCCAUUUGAACAGCGGCAGCAAUGGCGGCGGAGGCGGAGUGGUCAGUGGCGGUGGCUCCGGCGGCAGGGAGAACCUGCCCAGCUUCGGCUUCACCCAGGAGCAGGUGGCCUGCGUCUGCGAGGUUCUCCAGCAGGCGGGCAACAUCGAAAGACUGGGCCGCUUCCUCUGGUCGCUGCCACAAUGUGAUAAGCUGCAGCUGAACGAGUCCGUGCUGAAGGCCAAGGCGGUCGUCGCAUUCCACCGGGGACAGUACAAGGAGCUGUACCGCCUGCUCGAGCAUCACCACUUCUCGGCCCAGAAUCACGCCAAGCUCCAGGCCCUGUGGUUGAAAGCGCAUUAUGUGGAAGCCGAAAAACUGCGCGGAAGACCCUUGGGUGCUGUUGGCAAAUAUCGUGUUCGCCGUAAAUUUCCAUUGCCCCGCACCAUCUGGGAUGGCGAGGAGACGAGCUACUGUUUUAAGGAGAAAUCGCGCUCCGUACUGAGGGACUGGUACUCGCACAAUCCGUAUCCAUCGCCGCGGGAGAAACGCGAUCUGGCCGAGGCCACAGGACUGACCACCACGCAGGUUUCCAAUUGGUUCAAGAACCGACGACAAAGAGACCGAGCUGCCGAACACAAAGACGGCUCCACGGACAAGCAGCACCUUGACUCCUCCAGCGACUCCGAGAUGGAGGGCAGCAUGUUGCCCAGCCAGGGUGCGCAGCACCAGCAGCAGCAACAGCAGCAGCACUCGCCCGGCAACAGCAGCGGCAACAACAACGGCCUGCACCAGCAGCAGCUGCAGCACGUCGCCGCCGAGCAGGGCCUGCAGCACCAUCCGCACCAGCCACAUCCCGCCAGCAACAUCGCCAGUGUCGCCGCCACCAAGAGCAGUGGCGGCGGCGGCGGCGGUGGCGGAGGGGGCGUGAGUGCGGCGGUCGCUGCCCAAAUGCAAAUGCCCCCACUGACCGCCGCCGUGGCGUAUUCGCACCUGCACAGCGUGAUGGGCGCCAUGCCCAUGACCGCCAUGUACGACAUGGGCGAGUACCAGCACUUAUGAUUCUAGUUGGAGGCGGCCGCUGCCGCCGGCGGCACUGGCGGGGUCAGCGGCGGGGUCAGUGGCAGCAGCAGCAGCAGCUUGAGCGGCAGCAACAUCGCCUUGCAGCAGCGACAGCGCCACCAGCAGCAGCAGCAGUGCGAGAGCUUCUACUUCUGAGGUGGUGGGUGGCCACCAAGCAAUAUCGCCGGACUCCUUCGGCACAGCAGCACAAACUUUACAUAUCGCCCGAUUGCU